AUGAGCUCGAACGAUAAAUCUUGUAGAAAUUGUGCUGUCCUUAAAGCACAACUUGAACAACAAGAAGACGCCGCAGCUAGAUAUCUAAAAUUCAUUCAAUCUCAAAAUGAGCUUAUCCAAUUUUUGUCACAAAAUAAAUCAACGCUUGAAGCUUCCUCACCUCGUAGACAUUUUUCUCAAUACGCUUAUGAACAAAACUAUAAUGGAUCGGAUGCGUCUUUCGAUCAAGGUAUUAGAAGGGCUCGUGGAAAACAGAUUCAAAUGACUAAAGACUGUCGCGCUUUUAUCGGUUCCAUUACGAGCGAUAUCGAUAAAGAUUCGUUGAAGCAUUGUCUUGAAGAAGCUUUUGGACCAGUUGAUAGUAUUGAUAUUAUAUCAUCCAAGGCUUGCGCAUUUGCAGACUUUGCUUCACCGACUGCAUAUCAUAACGCCGUUAGUGAGGGUGCCGUAUUAGUCAAUGGAAUAGCAUUAAGCGUCGAAAGAGUGAGGAAACCCAAACCACGGAAAUGA